AUGGCGUGGUGCAUCCCGGUGUUCGUCGCUAUAUCCGUGUUCGGAUCAGCGAACGGCGGCAGUUUCGCGGCGCCGCGCAUACUCCACGUCGUCGCCCGAGAAGACAUGCCGCGCGUGCUGUCGUACGUGCACGCGAAGCGCUACACACCGGCGCCUGCGAUCAUACUAAACUGUACGAUCGCUAUCCUGAUGGUCAUUCCGACAAACAUAGAAACGUUGAUAAACGUCUUCAGCUUUACGAAGUGGGUCUUCUACUGGUUCGCCAUGCUAUCUGUCAUCGUGAUGCGAUGGACACGGCCCAACAUGGAACGACCAUGUUUUACAUGUGUAUUCAUGUCUUGUUUGGUCGUGUGA